GCGGGCAGCCGGGACGCGGGCCGCGGCGGAGCGGGCGAGCGCGGCCUCCUCAGCGCGGGGCGCGCAGUGCAUGAGGGCGAGCACGCGGGCGCCGGGCAGCCGCCGGCCACGCCGCCUCCAUAAACACUUGUUUAGGACUCGUUCGCCUCGCUGAGGCCCCGGCGCAGCCAUGGAGGCCCCGCCGGCCCCGGCGCCCCUCGCCGCCGCCUCGGCCUCGGCCCCCGCCCCGCUGCGCGCCCCGGAGGUGGCGCGGCUCCGCGAGGAGCAGGAAAAGGUGGUCACCGGCUGCCAAGAGCGGAUCCAGCACUGGAAGAAGGUGGAUAAUGACUAUCACGCCCUUCAAGAAAGACUCAGCGCCCUGCCCGACAAGCUGUCUUACAACGUCAUGGUACCAUUCGGCCCCUUUGCCUUCAUGCCUGGAAAACUCGUCCAUACGAAUGAAGUCACUGUUUUGCUUGGGGACAACUGGUUUGCAAAGUGUUCAGCGAAGCAGGCUGUAGGCCUCGUCGAGCACCGGAAAGCGCAUGUAAGGAGGACGAUAGAUGAUUUAAAAAAAGUGAUGAAAAAUUUUGAAUCCAGAGUUGAAUUUACAGAAGAUUUGCAGAAAAUGAGUGACGCUGCUGGUGAUAUUGUUGAUAUAAGAGAAGAAAUUAAAAGUGACUUCGAAUUUAAAGCUAAACACCGGAUUGCUCAUAAACCUCACUCCAAACCCAAAACUUCAGAUAUUUUUGAAGCAGAUUUUGCAAAUGAUGUAAAACCCAAGGAUUCACUUGCCGACGAGGAACUGUGGGCUCGGCUUGAAGAACUAGAGAGACAAGAAGAGUCGCGGGGUGAACUUGAGAGUAAGCCUGAUACGGUGGUUGCCAACGGGGACGAUUCACCGUCUUCUGCAGAGGAGCCGGAGGAGCAGCGCCGAGAUGUGAACGGGCGGCCUGCGGGGGCGGCGCCCGCGGCCCCCAGCCGCUGCGACGGGGAAGCGCUGGGGUGCGACCCGCUCAGCGGCCAGGUGAACGGCCACGCGGCCUGCUCAGUGAACGGGCCGCGUUCUCAUCACAGCGACGGUGACGAGGACGAGGAUGAGGACGCGGACGGCGAGAGCGGGCCUGUCCACGCCGCUCUGGGGGCUGGAGACAGUCCUGUGCCAACAAUAUACUUUUCUCAUACUGUGGAGCCCAAGAGGGUUCGGAUAAAUACUGGAAAAAAUACCACUUUAAAAUUCAGUGAAAAGAAGGAGGAAGCCAAGCGGAAGCGGAAGAGCGGCUGUGGCGGUGGCCACGCCGCGCCCGAGCCGCCGACGAUCAGGACCCCGGCGGACAUCUACAGGGUCUUCGUGGACGUCGUGAACGGGGAGUACGUCCCUCGGAAGUCCAUCCUGAAGUCGCGUAGCCGGGAGAACAGCGUCUGCAGCGACACCAGCGAGAGCAGCGCCGCCGACUUCGAGGAGCGCCGUGGGCUGCUGCGGGGCCUCAGCUGGGAGGAGGCCGCGGGCAGCGACGCCAGCGAGAGCAUCGCGGAGGAGGAGCCGGAGGGCCCGGCGCAGGGUCCCGAGGCCCCGUCAGGACCGCCCGUGGCGCAGGCUUUUUCUGGAACCGUAAUAGAAAAGGACGUUUUAGCUCCCUGUGUGACCCCACACCCGGCUGGGGCUCAUCCUCCGCUGCCCCCGAUCCCCGAACGGAGAGAAGUUCCGUUGGAAGCAUCAGAAGAAGUUACAAAGAGGGUUUCAAAGUUCAAAGCUGCCAGAUUGCAGCAGAAAAACUAGGCCCUGCCCGGGAAGCGGGCGUUUGCCUCCCGAAGCCUAGUUUGGCAUGUGUUUAGAAUGCAUGUCGCAGAUGUGCUCCCUGCGGUGUGAAAUAAGGCGUCCUGAGCUCGACUGGAAGCAGGUUCUCUUAUUCCUACCAGUGGUGUCCAAAAUCCAAGCAAACGUUGAGUUCUGUCGCGUGCGGCGUGUUUCAUGAACUCUGACACCGUCCACACUCUUGUCUCGGCCUUAUGACGCAGUGGCAGCCUCUCAGUUUUUCAAAGAAUACUGUUCGCGUGCAUCGUUUCUGUGUUUCGAACUAAAUACAGGCAGUUUUGUACCAGCUGUGAUGUUGUGCAUACCAUAUGGACCGUUUUAAGGAAACUUUUAAAAUUUCAAAUAGAUUCAAGAAUUAUAUUACUUGCUUUAGUAUUUUAAAGGCACUUUAAAAAAAAAUCUACUUCUUGUAGGUUUUGCAGCUUGGUGGCUAUUUAAAUCCCUGCC